CAGGGAACCUCUACCUACCGCGGCAUUAGGUAAACAGGCCAGGUCAGAUGUUGUUUGCCCUUCGUAACGUAAGUGAUAACGAAUGUGGGCUACGAUAGCCGCGCGCGCGGCUUGCCGGUAUAAGAAAGGCUUUCUCCAACCGAUCGGACCAGAUCCAACCGUGACCGUGACAGUGGGAUCGUGUAGAAUGGCGCCCUCGUCGCUGAAGUCCUGUAAACCGCUGGUGGUGGUUUUGUUCGGGUUGCUGCUGCUGCUCGGAGGAACCUACGGUGAUCCGUUCUUUGGCAAUAACUAUGUGAUACCGCAAGGUGCCCGGUUGGGUACUGCAGCCAAUACGGUCGUCCGGAAUCUUGACGCAGCUCAAACGCAGAUUCGCUCGUUCUUGAUCAAUCCAACCGCAUCGGCAUUUCUGGUAGCCGGAGCGACCGCACUGCGUGAGUACGUUGGCAAUACGACGGUGGUGCUGGGUCAGGUGUACCGUGAGAUCGCUCAGGUGGCGACGGAUCGCGUAACGGCACCGGCCGUUGUGUUUACGCGGCUUAGCCUUGCCCUCAACAAUGUCCGUCAGUGGGAUCAGAAUCUUACGCAAAGCUUGAUCGUGCUUAACCAAUCGUUCAACUACGAUGCGAACAACAAUACCGCCGGUUACUUCGAGCAGUGGAAGAGUGCGAUCGGUCAGAAUGUGCAGCAGCUGGCCCGUGUGCUUGAGCUACUCCGCGGCGCAGUAUCGCCGAUCGUUGGUGAACCACUGAACACGCAGCAGUUCCUACAAGUCAUCUCGGCCAACGGUACUCUGCAGGAACUGCUCGAUACCGUCGAGACGGCCGUACGAAUCACGACGGAUUACAGUGGUAGCGUGACGCGGGUAGUGGCCGCCGUCCGUGCCGCCAAUAACUUCCAGUCCCAGGCCCUCUCGCAGAUCCGCACGAACCAGGGUUUCAUCAACACUGCCGUCGAUCGGUACAGCGCGGCAUCGAAUGCUUCGUUCGGGCGCUUCCUGGCAGCGGCCGACUCGCUGGUUACCCACCUAAAGGACACCAACCAGAGCUUCGUAUUCCGGUGGCCGCUGCUCUUUAGCGAUUCGGUGCGCGAGAAGCUCGAUCUGCUGAACAACUCGAUCAACCAUCUGACGGGUAAUAUCUUGCUGCGGACCAUUAAUGUGGCCAACGAGCUCGAUAGUAACCAGCGGCUGUUUAAGACGGGCCCGAAUGCACUCGGGUACGUGCAAGAGGAGGCCAAUCUGUUGACGCGCAUCCUGCUCGAUGUGCUGCAGGGUGAGAACUAUUGUGCGACCGGUUUUAUUACCCCGUUCAAUGCACUACCGACGCAGGUCAAUGGACUGAUCGCGACGUGUUUGGCUGAUCAGACGGUGCUGGAGAGCCAGGGUUCCGCCCAGCUAGUGUCGACCGCGAACAACUUCCUGCGACCGUACGUCACGUCCGUGUACGGGCGGCUGAACAUUUGCUUCCAGCAACCGUUCGAGAGUAUGACGGAAUGUUUGGAUAACAUUGUGGAGACGAUUGAUUUCCGUGCGCAAUUUUUCCUGCUCGAUCUAGCCAGCCAGUUGUUCUUCGAGCGCGUCCAGGAGGAGCUCGCCUACUGUAACUCCCGGGUGCUCGACUUUGUCCGGAAUUCCGGUCUACGAGUGUCAUGCGACAUCCGACGUGAAAUUCCGGCCUGAACUCGGGUUAUUUGAUAGAACUACCAGUGCCCCACCAAUAUCAAUAAUAAUGCGAUGCACACAGAUGAAAAAAUGGGGUUUUGGUUUUUGCCGUGGGCUGACUUUAUUUGUUGGACGACCA